UUCACCCAAGUUUGGUUGAAGGACUACCACGACACAUUUAGUGCUGUUGCUUCCAUGACCACGUUUAGGAUACUCAUCAAUAUUGCGGCAAUCUUAGGAUGGGACAUCUUUACGAUAGAUGUAUCCCAAGCUUAUACUCAAGGAGAGCUUUUAGAUGAUAUAUUCAUCAAAGCACCACGAUCUCAUCCGCUUCCGAAAGGAGUAGUCUACAAAUUAAAGAGACCUCUAUAUGGAACAAAGCAAGCUGGAAGAUGUUGGUAUCUUCAUGUAACCAAGACACUAAGGUCUAUUGGUUUAACCCAACUAGCC